AUGAAUGAACAAGAUGAACCGAUUUUCAAAUGUCAAAAUUGUCAAUUGCCCUUAAAUAUUGAUACUUCAUUAUUAGAUUUAAGUUUAGCUCAAAGAAAUUUAAUAGUAAAUUCAACAAGUUGUCUGCCGAAAUCAAGUAUAAAGAUACCUAAUGAUAGACUUCAGAGGUUAUCCAAAGUGAAUAAAUAUAGUGAUUUGAAGUUCCAGAAUGCAAAUUUAGGAGAUUCUUUUGUUUUAUUGAAAGAUAGUACUGCUAAUGGUACUCAAUCUUUUCAGAGCGCACUAGACCCUUAUGUUUCUAAUAUGGAAACAUCUGGAGAUGAGCAAUACUCUGGGACUACAGUGAAACAAGAGUACUCUACAAGUAAAACUUUAUCUACGCAUGUAAGUGUUCUGUCAAAUUUAUUUAAUAUUUUAUCUGCCAAAAGUAGUAUUGAUUAUCCGGUAUGUCAAGACUGUUGCGACUGGCUUAUCCAAAGACUUAAAUCACAGUAUGAUGAAACGAUUAAAGAAAGAGAUACCUAUAAUCAAUUUCUAAAUCAGCUACAAGAACAGAAGAAGGUUUUUGAUUCCAACAAUAAUAAAUCAAUUGAUGAGGAACAAAAACUUAUAGAUGAGGAAAGAGAUUCGCUGCUUAAGAAAUUAAUUAAACUGGAAGAAGAGGACGAAAGGUUAGAUAAAGAGAUUAGUAGCCUGGAGCAUCGUUUAGAAGAGAAGAAACUAAAAGAAGAUAUUAUCCUAGAGAAUAAUAAUAUUAAAGAUCUAGAAGGAAUGCAAUUUGCUAAAGAAGUUCAGUCAUUAAAUAAUCAAUAUGAGAGUGCAUUAAACAGAUUAGAUACGUUAAGGAAGAUUAAUAUAUAUAAUGAAACUUUUAAAAUAUCCCAUGAAGGACCAUUUGGUACUAUAAAUGGUCUACGGCUUGGUGGAUUCGAUGAUGUACCAGUUCCUUGGGAUGAAAUUAACGCUGCAUUAGGACAAGUGAUACUUCUUUUAGCUACUAUUUCUACCAGGCUCAAUUUUAAAUUAGAUGGAUAUCGUUUACAGCCUAUGGGUUCCUUUUCGAAAAUAGCUAAAUUUGAUAAUGACACUCAAGAUUGGAUAGCACUUGAAGCUUAUAAUGAUGAAAAUUUUAAAGUUGGGAGACUUUUCCGUCGUGAAACUAAUUUUGAUAAAUCUUUGGAAUGUUUAUUAACUAUUAUACACCAAUUGUGUGUUAAUUUGACCAAUUCUAAUAUUACCGAAAGCCAACUGACCACUGCUACGUCGGGAAAUCAAGAGAUAUCUUCAAGUCAAGAAAUAGAAUUGCCAUAUGAAAUGAUUAAGGAUAAGAUUAACAAUAUAUCUGUAAAGUUAUUUGGGAGUAAACCAAACCUGGAAUGGACUACGGCAAUGAAGUUAGUGCUCACCAAUAUUAAAUGGUUAUUAGCAUACUCUUCUAGCCGAUUGUCGAGGUCAACAGUGUAA